ACCAUGGACGCUGCCUGCAGGAGAUUUCCGUAGGGGGUACGGUUGUACUCACUGCAUGGGGUAAUGGUAAUGGUGCCUAGCUCUCCAAAGAGGCUCACUUCAAACACACAAGGUUCGAAGGUUCUUCAGCAGGAAAAGAAAGGCCGGGAAAUAAUUGUUUUGAAAAACAAGAGGUUGCUUGGGGAUUUCUGCACAGAGCGGGCGGUCAGGAUGAAACACGCCUGGUGGAAUUUCACCUGCCUCCCAGCUCCUAUUUACCGUGUGCUCAGACCCAGAGCUGACUGGUACCUGGCUGAAUCCGCAUAAAAGUAGGAUUUCCACACCAUUCCCGGAGUUAUCACACUGUUAGAGACUCAGGAUUCGCCAGUCCAACGAUGAGUAAUUCUUUUGUGACACUAGCUAAGGUCCUGGAGGCAAGAGGAAGUCCUAUGGAAGAUAAUGAGAUCUGGGCCUUGUUGUUGCAAGCUACCGAGGUCUUGCAGGAAAAUGCGCUAGAAGGAACUCCCUGCCAUUACAUUCUCUCGCCGUGGUCUGUGCUGUUGUCAGCGAGCGGUGGAAUGUCUUUUCGAAGCAAUGUCUCGGGUACAGACAUUUAUACCUUUGCUGCGCCAGAACUACUCCAGGGCAGAAGUUCCAGCUCGCAACUUGCAAUAGAGAAGAUGCAUGUGUACUCACUGGGAAUGACCCUGUACUGGGCAGUCGAUUAUCAGCUUCCUGAAACACAGCCAGUCCAGCUUAGUGGCCAAUUGAAUCAGCUCUUACUGAGCAUGUGCGAGGACCUCCCACACAAGAGAGUAUCCUUGGACACCAUCGUAAAUACCUGUGAAACGCAUCGGCAGAACUUGGAACUGCCCCCAGCAAGCACGUUCUUAAGGAAACUUGUUCAGCUGGUGCUUGGAACUACGGCAGAGGUACAGCAGGAAGACACUGUCACCAAACAACCUGAUCGAAGCGCCGUGAUCAGGGAAAGGUUACAUCGUAAAAAAACCCCGGAACUAUCUGCUGUGAUCCGCAGAAUCAAUAACCACAAAGGAGAGAACAGUGUUGCACAGCCGACAGAAGCAGGCAUUGACUUGUGGCUGUCCCACCGGUCCCUUAGUUACCAGCCUCCCUCCCCCUCAGCCCCCAUCACCAAGAGCUGCAGUAGAGACUGUGUCCCAAGGAAUGGCACUGUCAUGCCUUUUGCUGCGGUUCCAGAUGCAAAUGGAAACUAUAGUGUUUCCAAGCCUCUCAUGGGUGUUUCCUCCUAUAGUCAGCACCUUUCGCGGUCUAGGGAGUUCCUAACUGGCAGGUCGCAACAGUUGGGGAACAAGGAGCCACACAGUUCUUCAGCUGCCUGCAUCACUUCAGCACUAGAUGCCUUUAGAAGAGUGAAGGAAGGGCAAGGCAGGCUUCAGAGACUGGAAAGCUCAAUGCUGUCAAAGGGGAGCUGGCAUCAACAGAAGGAUUGGCGUGCAGAAAACAGGAGUUCACUAUCAAGUCAGUGUCAAGCCCCAACAGACAGGUCCUUAAGUACAUUAAGUAUCGACUCCAGUGGAAUCCAUCCAGAGAGUGAACAUGGCUAUUCCCUGAGUGCUGCAUCCUGCCUGGAAGGCGAACUUCUGGACGAAGCAAAGAAUUCUCCACAAGGAGCUGUUUCUGUCACCUUUUCGUUGAACCAGAAGGGAAAACGAUAUUUUGGACCAGAGUUUGUUAAAGUAGCUGGUGACCCUGCAAUGCCUUUAGAUUUACCCGGCUCCAUUGCGAGCAAGAAAGGAAAAGUACAUUUAUCCCAACGAGAGCUCAGUGUCAUUAUACCAAAUGGACAGUGUUUGGAUGUGAAGUGUGAUGUGAAUUCUAAGGGCGGUGAUGUCUUUGAUAUGGUGGUGGCCUAUACUAACCUUGUGGAACAUUUCUAUUUUGGCCUUGCUUACCUAAAAGAUAAAGAAUUCUUUUUUCUUGACCAUUUUACCAAGCUGUACAAGGUGGCACCCAGUGGAUGGAAGGAUCAACCCAAAAAGAAAACUACACUCGUAAACUUCACACUGUUCCUCCGAAUAAAGUUCUUCAUUGAAAACUUCAGUUUAAUUCAGCACAGCCUCACCCGACAUCAGUAUUACCUACAACUCAGGAAAGACAUUCUUGAGGAGCGUUUGUACUGUAGUGACGAGACAGCUCUGUUGCUUGCCUCCCUGGCUCUCCAGGUAGAGUACGGAGAUUACAUUUCUGAGGUGCAUGGCAAGAACUACUAUCGUGUUGAACACUAUAUUCCUCCCAGUGUGAUGGAGAAAAUGGCUUUGACUUGUAUAAAGGAGGAACUGCCUCGACUCCACUCCACAUACUUUAAUUUGUCUGAAGAGGAGGCUGAGUUGGAGUUUCUGAAGGUAACACAGCAGCUUCCAGAGUACGGGGUACUGUUCCAUCAGGUGGCACGGGAUAAGAAAGCCACAGGUGGGGACGUUGUGCUCGGAAUCUGUGCCAAAGGGAUCAUCGUUUACGAGGUGAAGAAUAACAGCAGAAUCGCCAGCUUACGCUUCCAGUGGCGUGAAACCGAAAGAAUCACGUUUAAUAGAAAGAAGUUCACUGUGCAAAGCAAUUCAGAUGGAAAGAAACACAUCUUUAUCACAGAAAACAGCAAAACUUGCAAGUACCUGAUCGAGCUAUGCUCUGCUCAGCACAAGUUCCAGAUGCAGAUGAAUUCCAGGCAGCUUAAUCAAACAGCCUUUGAAAAUGAGGAACACGUUUUUACCUCUGUGGUUUCAAAUGAGACACGAUAUGCACGGCGCAGACGUUUCGAGGAGAUGCGCAAUAUUUCCCGUUCAGAGACCAUGUUGAGUCGCCCUAACCUGGACACCACAUCAGUUGGAGCAAUGAGCAAGUCCUGUGACAACCUGACAGCUACCAUGGCACCCUCAGGAGGCACCAAUUACAUGUGGAGAACAGAUGAUAUCCCUCAAUCAGAAAUCCACACCUCCUGGAGAGAAAGGGCUCGAUAUUUGGGUCUGCAGAAUGUGACUCCAGGUCAAAGUGAUGUGAACGGGGCAUCAGAGAACAAACUGGACACUGAGGUGACUAUACCUGAAAGGGAGAUUGUCUUUGUGACCCUGAAGAAAGAUCCCAAAGUUGGUUUUGGGUUUCAGAUUGUUGGAGGAGAGCGUACUGGAAAAUUAGACCUGGGGAUCUUUAUUGCGUCAGUCACGCCAGGAGGCCCAGCAGACAAAGAUGGACGUGUUAAAGAAGGGGGCCGUCUGAUCUCAGUGAAUAAAGAGAGCCUGGAGGGUGUCACUUUCAGAACUGCAGCAGAGAUUCUACAGAAUGCCCCCGAUGAAGUGGCACUUAUCAUCUCUCAGCCAAAAGACCCAAGCGAGGCUGCUGGGAAGGGGGCUGCAAAGUUAAGAAGUAAAGUCAAUAGCUCGGUGAGCUCACAUCACCGUUGGCAUGGUAACAUGCCUGCAAGGGAACAAGGCCUCAAUCAUGAAGCGUGUGCUCCUGAGGUGAUGCCAGUGAAGACUGGGCCACCUGACCAGGCUCACAUUGUGGAAAAGCAGGAUGGUACUGAAACUUUGCAGACGCCACAGGAGUUAAAACCAGGAGACAGAUAUUCUGUGGAGCUGGCCAAGAUAGAUGGAAGCCUUGGUGUUAGUGUCACAGUGAGGGAGAACAUUGCUGGGAAAUGGAGCGUUUUCUGCUUUGCAUCCAGUGACCAUGCCAAGGGUGGUGUGAAUACCAGUGUGAAGAAUGGUGGAAUCUAUGUGAAGGCCAUUAUACCUGGAGGCGCUGCAGAUCUUGAUGGUCACAUCAGGAAAGGUGACUGUUUGCGGGAGGUGGAUGGAAUCAGCCUGCAGGGCAUCACUCAUAAACAAGCGAUUGAGUGUUUGAAGAACACUGGUCAGGUGGUGCGGCUGGUGUUUGAGAGAGGACAGCAGGUGACAGCUGCAAUUCCCAGUUCGGAAAGCCAACAGAGACCCAUUCCCAUUGACAGUCAGCACAGGAAACAAGACAAAUAUCCCGAAGAUUCCAUGAAAACAACCUUGCCGGCUGUACCCAAGGAAUACAGCUUCAUGACAGAUGGUAACACGUUCGAGGUGACAAUGAAGAAGAAUUCAGCAGGUUUGGGGUUCAGUUUCCUGCAGAUGUUUCCAGCAGACAAUGACCCAGCAGGGAGUUUGGUGAGAAUAAAGAAAUUGUUUCCAGGGCAACCAGCAGAGGAGACUGGCCAGAUUGAAAUCGGGGACGUCAUCUUAGCAGUGAAUCAAACCCACCUGAAGGGAUUAUCCUAUCAGGAGGUACUUCAUCUACUGCGAGGAGCUCCCUCUGAGGUUACAAUGAGCAUGUGCAGGCCAGCACCAGGAACCCUACCUGAAAUAGAUCCUAACCUACUGACUCCAGUUUCUUCGCCAGUGAAAGAUUUGUCAGUGCUGACUACAAUUGAUCCACAGCUGAUUCGAGGACCUGAACUGGAUGAAGAUGAAAAGAAGCCCCGAGGUUUCCCUCCACAAGACCACCCAUUGGAUUCAAGUGAUCAGGAGGGAACCAGUGAUAUCAUUCAGGAAUCUAUGGAGCAGCAUUUCCAAGAUAUACCACUUGACACGCCAAACAUGGAAUUAAUCAGUGCUCUAGCUGAAGACCUGAGGCAGAACUGUUACUCAACCUGUGACUUAGAUGUCACAGUGCCAAGCACAGAGAGCCUUCUGUGUAGUGUGGCCGAGGAAAGGGACUCUAGCUCACCGCUGUUCUUUUGCAAGCCCGAAGUAUCUUCCCCAACACCACUCGAUGAAGAAUUUCUGACCAUCAGCUCCACAUCAGACUGCUCACGGUGUGACAGUCCAGAUUCUCAAUCGCCCAACGUCGCUGUGCCACAGCCUCACUUCUUGAUGCCUUUCCCCGAGGAUUCAAGCCCUGCAGAGAAAGACACUGGUGAUAAAACUGAAUGGGAAGAUCUGAAGGAGUUAGACGCCGAAGUGGAAGCAAGAGUAAGGAAUGACGAAGAUGAGGAAGAAGUUCCAAACUUACCCAUAAUACGGGAAUAUGAAAUGUACGUAACCUUGAAGAAAAAUAAGAAGGGAAGCCUUGGUUUCACCAUAAUGCGCAGUAAACUGGACAACUGUUAUUACAUCCGUGAUGUCCUGGAUAAUCCCGCAAAGGCUGAUGGGAGACUAAGAGCAGGAGACAGGCUCAUAACGGUAAACGACUUUGAUGUCACAAAUAUAUCACAUGAGAAUGCCAUUAAUCUACUCCGGUCUGCUCCUUCCAAAUUAACCAUCAUGGUAGGACGUGCUGCUCAGAAUCUACUUCCAGCACUACCCCUGGAAAAGAUCCCUGACAUCAUCCUAAAGAAAGGUCCAAAUGGCCAGUUAGGUUUGAAGUUAACGGGAGGAAUAGGCAGUAAAUGGCAAGGCAUUUAUGUUCUGGAGGUUGUGCCAAAUUCCCCUGCCAGUUUGGAAGGGAGUCUGCAGCCGAGGGACAAGAUACUGUACAUCUGCGAUAUGUGUACCAUGGGCAUGACCUUGGAUGAUGCUGUGCGAGCUUGUGACACAGAGAAUGGCAUCAUAAAAAUCAAGGCUCUGAGGGAUGGUAAACCAGUGAUGACUGAAGCACAGAAAACUGGAGCUACAAGCAGAAAGAAAGCUAAGAAAUGUUUAGCACUAAAAGGCUUCGCUGACCGAAAGCUGACAUCCAAAGAGAGACAAAACCAGCUUGAACGAGAGAAGCUGUGGACUCUGGACGGCAAACAAUCUGCAGAUUAUGCACAGUCUCAGACUAACUCCACUCUGCCUGCAGAAUCUGAGAACUCUAUAAUCCACAUUGAAUUGGAAAAACCAGCAUGUGGCGGUUUGGGCUUUGCACUGGUGGGUGGUGACAACGGAACUGCUGCCUUUGUGAAGGCGAUUAGCCCAGGCAGUGUGGCAGAUCUGGAUGGGAGACUCAAAGUGCGAGACAGUCUGUUGCAGGUGAAUGGGGAAGAUUUAUUUACUCUGUCACACAGUGAGACGGUUGAAGCUUUGCGCCGGGUACAAGGUGUGGUUAGGCUGACUGUCAGCAGAAAGUUGCCGCUGGACAUGGUGGAAAAUCAACCCAAAAUGAAAUCUUUCCUCAGACCACAAUCAAUGUCUACCGAGUUGCAAUUUUCACAGCACAAUCCACAAGUGCUUGAUCCUGAACACACAAGCGAAGGCCCUGGAGACUCCUGGGAGAGUUCAGGGAAUAAUGGUGUUCAUCUGAUGCCAACACCUCAAGAGCAGAAUGGAAAAACCAGCUUCGGUGUCACACAAAGCCUCACACAGAGCUUUGAUUGCUCAGUCAGUUGCAGCCAGAAUCACCCAGGAGGGGCAUGCGAAGACCAAGGAGGGGAUGAAAUGGAGAAAUAUGAGUCCGAUGGCUGGCACAGUGAUGAAGAUGUGCCUCGAUCCUCGUGCAGAGCACCUGCCCCCCCUACAGGCAAGCCCAUGGUGUCAGAGGUCGAGUUGAUCAGUUGGCCUGUGGUGAAGGCUCCAUUGGGCAGCAGGUACUCUGGAACGAACCUAGAGACUCUCAUUGGAAACCUUCAUCAGCAGCUGGAACGCCAGCAACCUCUUAAGGAGUUUAUGGCAUUGGAGCACCUGAAACCAGUUGAUGACUGCAAAGUGGGCAAAGCUCCAGAAAACAGGGAAAAAAACAGAUAUAGAGACAUCCUGCCUUAUGAUAAAACCCGGGUUCAAAUUCGGGGCCAGGGUUAUAUCAAUGCAAGUUACAUUAGGAUGCCAAUUGGAUCUGAGGAGCACGUAUACAUUGCCUGCCAGGGACCAUUACCGGGCACCACUGACGACUUUUGGCAAAUGAUCUGGGAAACGAAAGCUGGCGUCAUUGCGAUGAUGACCCGGGAGCAUGAGCGGGGAAAGGUCAAGUGUCACAGAUACUGGCCUGACAAAAUGUAUAAACCAAUGAGAGUGAGCAAGUACCACCUCAUCCUGGAAAAUUGCCAGAUCCUGGAUUCCUUUGAAAUAAAUGCCAUGAAGAUGACAGACAUUGAGACAGGAGAAGUACAUUACGUGAAACAUCUCAAAUAUGCUACAUGGCCUGAUCAUGGCACACCCAACUCGUCAGAGCAGCUAGUACAAUUCAUUCUCUGUAUGAAGGAGGUGCCCAAACUGGGACCGACUGUCGUCCAUUGCAGUGCUGGGAUCGGGAGAAGUGGCGUCCUAAUCUGUACUGAUGUACUGUUGAGCCUGAUUAAUAAAGAACUCAGCUUUGACAUCAUGGACAUAGUGAGGAACAUGAGAAGACAACGCCACGGCAUGGUUCAGACAAAGGAUCAAUACAUAUUCUGCUACAACAUUGUGUUGGAAAUUCUCGAGAGCAUUCAACAGCUGAACGAACAACAAGAGGAGAACCUGUUGUGAUAAAGUAGCCCAUGGCAGCUGGGGGUCAGAGUUCACAGGCCAUGGGCCUGGGAAUGUUGUGAGCUAAACAUUGAAGUGACUACUCCUAUGUGUUAAUUAGAUUCAGGAAAACAAUGCCAUGCCAGCAGUAACUAAUAAGUAAUGAACUGUGAUUUCACAAUUAUGCUAUGAAAGCUGUUUAUAUAUGAAUUGUAUCGUUUCUACAAAUAAGGAGAAUUUAUUUAGUUAGUUUUCUAGUUGAAGUGAGGUCAGUCAAAUGCCACGCAUGUGUUCAACAAGACUGAACACAACUGCUGUAUUCUUUGCACUAAGGAUUCAUAACUAUGAGUUAGAGAUACUCUUCCCUAGCCUUUCUGCAGGCUAUUUAGAAGGAAAACUAUGCCCUUUAGUUAUGCUUACUGUAUUAGAGUUCAAUCACACCACAGCACAACCAGGUGGGACUCUGAUCAGCAGAUGUUGUUCAUUUGAAAUCAUAGAAGGAGCCAUUUCCAGUAUAACUGAGCCAUCUUAAAAUCAUGACCACAUGUCUGUCAAAAAGGAUGUUUCAAAAAAAUAGUUAUUCAUGUGGACAAUUGUUUUACAAGCUUCAUAAAGCUCAAUGGUUGGAUGUAAAUGCAAUGAGACUUGUAUAUUUCUGGAUUAAUCCCAUAUUGUACACUGUAAAGCUUUCUUCCAAUAUUUUGUUUUGAUUGAAUUGUUUGUAACUAACUGUGAUAUUCCAUCAGCUUGAUUAUUUUUGUCAGGUAUAUUUUAUAAUGGCGGUUCUUGCCCAAUUAAAGAUUUUGUAUAUUUGCACAGAUGAUUCUAAAUGUCAACAGCUGUCUUACUGCGGCACAUGUUAGACUUAGUGGAUGGAUAUUUGUUGAAUUCAACAAAAUGAGUUUAAGCUUUUCUGUCAUUAUGAUAGGUCAGAGCAUGAUUUGAAGCAUAAAAAUGUAAUCAAGUCAAGCAGCUGAAAAUUCCAAUCAGAAUAUGACCAGAUUAAGCUCACUGAUUAAUCAAUACUUCCUUUCAGGCGUACAAAAUUGGACAAGCUCAGUCCAUGCUACACUGUCGUAACUAAAUAAAAGCUUGUUAACCACCCACCACAACCUUAUCACCAACAAAUCUCCUGGAAGAGACAAUAUACAGGGAGAAAAAAAAUCUAUGGCCAAUGAGGGAAUACUCUGUGAAAAUUCCUCUCCAACACGCUUGAGCAGUAAAAGCCAGUCCAGGAAAUCAUGUGCUAUUGGCUGUCUACAAGACACUUAUUUUCUAUAUCAUGAAAUCUUUGCACCAGUCAAGAUGUGAUUUAGCUCCUCUUCUGACAGUCAUUAACUACCAACCAGCAGUGCAAUCCAGAAGCUCACUGCUCUAUGGGGAAAGAAGAGCCACAAGAAUCAAUCCGUUUAUGCCUUGUCUUACAACAGCAUCAUUCUUAGGUGAAGGAGGGAAGAGUGGACGAUGUUUAUUUGCCCCAUCUGAAGCUUGCUGACCUAUCAUGACCCUUCCAUGUCUAGUCAAGUCAAGUUGCCAUAGUAUUACCAGACCAUGAGAGAGAUACACCUGGUAAUGAUUUAACCUGAGGGCCACCAUACCUCAGGUGAGGGGAAAGGUUGAGAAAGAUGAUCCUUCAUAUUAAUUUCAGCAGGUGAUGGGAGCUGAACUCACAUUUUUGGCAUCACACUGCUUUGCAAACCAACCGUCCAGCCAACAGAACUAAACUGAUCCCCCACCUUUCAUAACCACAGAAGAAGUAGGAGCAAGAGUAGGCUAUCUGACCCAGUGAGCCUGCUCCACCUUUCAACAAGAUCAUGGCUGACCUUGCUGUUAGAUAAUUUCUUCUAAUAAGCCAAAAACCGGACUGCAACUGUCAGACUUUAAGGUAAAGAGAACUUUUUAUUUGUGAUAUCACGGAGAGUCGAUGCUAACAAAGGUUAGAUACUGCAGCAAUGCAGAGUUACAGGGUAUUUAUAGAGGUAUGACAAACAAGUCAACACGACAGAUAACGGUUAUCCCAUAGUCCAAAGCUUAACGUUCUCCAGAAAUCUUCCUGAGCUACAGCCUUUAUUCUUCUGUUAAUGUUUAGCUAACAUGCACUUAUUUUACUGACUAGGGCAAAAAUGUGAUUAGGUUUUACUAAGAUAACAGUUACUAAGAACUAGGGGUGUUUGAGUUGACAUUUCCUUUUACUGUUCUGUCUGUCACAUCAUCUUUUUGCCUUUUCGAUACUGACUUUUCUUCAACCUUCUAUAACAUGCUAAUUUUUUCCACACUUGCCAUGGACUCAGCUCCAACUACCUGCCCACUCACCCCAUAACCCUUAAUUUCUUUACUGUUCAAAAAAUCAAUCUUUGCCUUAGAAACAUUUAACAUGUUAGUCUCAACUGUUUCACUGGGCAGGGAAUUCCACAGAUUCACAACCCUUUGGGUGAAGAAGUCCCUCCUCAACUAAAUCUGGUCCCCCUUGUUUUAAGGCAAUGCCCCUUAGUUCUAGUUUCACCUGCCAUUGGAAACAGCUUCUCUGCUUCUGUCUUACCUAGCCCCUUCAUAAUUUUAUAUGUUUCUAUAAGAUCCCUCCUCAUUCUUCUAAAUUCCAAUAAGUAUAGAAUCCCAUACUCAAUCUCUCCUCAUAAGCCAACUCCCUCAAUUCUGGGAUCAACCUAGUGAACCUAAUCUGCACCCCCUCCAGUGCUCGUACAUCCUUUUUCAAGUAAAGAGACCAAACCAGUACCCAGUACACCAGCAGCAUAUACUAGUCAGGUGACUAGCUCAUCACUCAGCACAGGUUUUGAUGUCUUGUCAAGACAUUUCUUUGGUGUUCGUCUGGCAGACAUACAUCAGACCAGAGGAAAACUUGUAAUAGGGUCGUGAUCACAGAUUCUGAUACUCCCACUCAAACUUCAUUAUAGAUGUCGAUACUUGGAGUAGAGUUUUUGUUCAUCUGAGAUUUUGGCACUGAUUGUUGAGAUGAAAUCAGUUGAUAAUUCAACCUACUGCAUCCCUGUACGAUACAGACAAUAUUUCUUUUUCUAGUGUCACAGUAAAUUGAUCAUAAUUCCAUAAACAUGUCAGUUUAAUUUCAGUCUAGCUACUACCACUCCUUCUUUAAAGAGAGUGGUAUUUUAUAGAACGUGACAACUUGAAUGUCUAUUAAAUAAAUCACAGGUUGGUAGAAUUGUUAUCAAUGUAUAUCUCAGAUUAUAUUCAAUAUAUCAACAGUUAGAACCAAGAAAGCAUUGAGUUUAAUUUAUGUAUUGUUGUAGAAAUCACUAGUGCAACUACAGUUAGAGAAGGGCAGUAUUUAAGAUAUGCACAAUUUUAAACAUUUUAUUUGAAUUUAUUUUUCUAUAGAGUUAAUUCAGUAUUGCCACCAGGAGUUAACAUUUUAAAGCUAUCAUUACUCAUAUUGUACAUAUUACUGUAUAUUUA